AUGGAUCGCGAACCAGACGCCCAUUCCAUGGACAGAGCCUCCACGGUCAGGAGGCGCAGCAUUGUUACAAUGACCGACAGGCAGACACUUUACAUAGAUCUGAACCUCACCUCCACAGACAUGUUUCCUGCUGUUUUUGCGGAUGACAAAACAAGCAGUAAUACAUACUCACAGGAAAGGGAGGUAAGCAUGAACGCGGAACCUAUUCAACCAAAAAAAGAUGAUCUGGUGCCGCUUGAGGUUCCACCACCACCAAAGUACUUGUCUGGUACUAAAUUAAUUUUGGUGAUGGCUUGUGUGACCAUCGUCUGCUGGCUCAUGUUCUUAGACAGCUCUAUUAUCGUCACUGCGAUUCCUGCAAUCACUGACGAAUUCCACUCUCUUGGUGAUAUUGGCUGGUAUGGAAGCGCAUACCAUCUUGCAAAUGCAGCAUUUCAGCCGCUCACUGGCAAGGUUUAUCGAUACUUUAGCUCAAAGUGGUCUUUUUUUACUUUUUUGAUGAUAUUCGAGCUUGGGUCUUUGAUCUGCGGAGCUGCGCCGUCCUCGACGAUCUUGAUUGUCGGAAGAGUCGUCGCGGGAGUGGGGAGCGCCGGUAUCAUGAGCGGUGGCCUUACGAUCAUUGCUGGAAGUGUACCUCUGGAGAAGAGGCCUGCGCUAACGGGUUUGCUCAUUGGCCUCGCGAACAGCGGCGGGGUUUUCGGCCCAGUACUUGGUGGCGUAAUAACUCAAUACAGCACGUGGAGAUGGACAUUCUACAUCAACCUUCCCAUCGGCGGGCUCGUUUUGCCACUUCUUGUGUGGACAGACAUACCCGACCAAGUGCCGAAGCCCAGUCCGAUGGCUGUCAUUCCGAAGCUACAUCAUUAUCUCGACUUCGUUGGGUUUGUCUUAUGCGCCGGAGCUGCCGUGUUGUUGCUUCUGGCUCUGGAACUUGGAGGAAAAGAGGAAUUCAGCAGCCCAACGGUUAUUGGGAUGUUAUGCGGGUCCGCCGUGGCUUUAGUCGCUUUUCUGACUUGGAAUUAUCGAAAAGGUGAUGAUGCACUCAUUCCUCCAUCAAUGGCCGGAAAGAGACCAGUCUGGUGCGCCGCCUCGACCAACUUCACAAUGAUUGGUUCCGCUAUGAUCCAGAUAUACUUGCUCCCGCUCUAUUUCCAGGCUGUUCAAGGCGUAACACCUUCUCAGAGCGGAGUCAAUGUUUUGCCCAGCAUCCUAUCCCAACUAGCAGCUGCAUUGGGUGGAGGCAUAUUGGUGGGUAAACUUGGUUACUAUCUGCCGUGGGCCGUUGGAGGAACUGCCGUUACCAUUAUUGCAAGCGGUUUGUUUACAACGCUCACACCAACAACGCCGACUGCGCAGUGGGUUAUCUUUCAGCUCCUCACUGGUGCAGGUCGUGGCGUUGUGUUGCAGAUCCCUAGCAUUGCUGUACAAGCCAACCUGCCACCGGAACAAAUUUCCUAUGGCAUGUCUUUUGUGACGUUUUCGCAAUUCAUGGGAUCCGCUGUUGCACUGGCUAUAGGCAAUGCAAUCUUUGUUGGGGCGUUGAAGACAGAUCUUCCUCGGUUUGCGCCCAAUGUCGAUCCAGACUUGGUAAUCGAGGCUGGAGCAACUGGGUUCCGCAAAGCGGUGGCUGAGGCUGCCCUUCCCGGGGUUUUGAUGGCCUACGUGUCGAGCAUCAACAAGGAGUUUUACUUGUCAUUGGGAUUGGCAUUAGCAUCAUUCUGUUUUUCGUGGGGCCUAGGGUGGAAGGACAUUCGGCCCCCCAACAAAUCCCCGAAACCUGACUCGAGGCCAUCUUGA